GGGUUUCGCCUUUUUUUCGUGAUCUUCAUUUUCGAUGGCUGCUCUUGGUACGCAUGACAAUUCUUGAUGAAAACUAAAACUUGCCACCGAGUAGCCUCCAUUUGGCUCACGGAAAACAACUUAGCCACGGGUGGUCGCCGCACAUCAGUUCGCCAGUUUUCAUCCUGGUAGCGCGUCAGGCCGAAAAUGUUUUCUCUAUGUGUGCGUUCGUUCAGUAUCAGUUGUCCCACGACGUGGCUGUUACUCGUUUUUUUUUCUUUCUUUUUGUCCUCACCUCCGGAACCAGUUGUAUCUGCUGAGAUCACCACGACCGAAGAAAACUGGGACCACGCGAAUGCUGACCCGUUCCUGCGGGCGGGGCCUGCUGUUCCAGGGCGCCUCUUCGCUACCAGCGACGAGCAGGAGUACGUGGACGCGCUCCGGCAAAAGGAGGAGCGAAAGGACCCCCGGUUCUUGCUGCUCGAUAUAAGGUAUUUGAGGGAGCUGCUGCGGAACGCCGUGGAGUACCAGGGGCGCCAGCUUUUCUCGUCGUCUGCAACGGCAGGCGCCGUGGACAGAAUCGCGGAACAAGUGUUGGAUCCGGUGUGGCGUAUUUGGGAACUGAAGGAGGAAGGGGCCCCGCUCAGAGCGGCCGGAAGUCUGCUGAUGCAGAAGUUGAUCGGGCUGCGCGAUGUUUCUGACGAACGCACGCUUGAAGUGCACCAGGAUCUUCGCGCCACUCUGAUGGCUGCCGCGAACGAGUUGCUUCAGGAGAUGGUCCGCGUCGUCGACCAAUCUGCAGCUGUAGCCGAUCAUCUUGCAGAGCCAGCUGCGAGUGGUCGAGCUGCGGGGGCUGGUGCAGCUGCUUCUACGGAGUUGCGAGAAGGACCUUUGCAAGAAGAGGAGCAGGGGAGACAGCAGCACAGCCUCCAUCUUCAGCACAACCUGGAAGCUAACCGUCGCGACCGCGAGUUGUGUAUUACUCCAGCAGGUCUUGCGAAAAAGGAAUGCGAAAUGUUAGAUCAACAAAGUCUAAGUCGCGGGCAGGACGAUGCUGCAAUUAUCGAUCAGCUGGCGUCUCCUGUUUUACAUCAGUUUAUGCGCGAACUCCUCACGCGCAUAGAGCAGGGUAACAUGGAGUCACUGGCAGUCAUAAUCCUGCAAGGGUUUCUAACCUGCGCUGUCUCAUUGAGCACCGAGCAGAAAAAUCUAGGUGACCAGCACACAGCUGCGGGCGACGGAGCUUGGUUUUUUGAGAUAUCCCGAGGAAAGAUCGUUGCUGCGAAUAUCGGAGUCGAAGAGUGUGCCAGCAUAGCGGUGCAGUAUUAUUUCUUUUACGAAUAUCCAACACAAAAAAUCUGGAAGUGUAACUUUGAAGGAUGAGGAGCUGCAUCACAAAAAAUUCGCUUUGCAUUACGAUUACAUUUACAGAAAAACCCUUUCAUCAUGCGCAGCUAACUCUUAUGUGAGAACACGACGCGCGAAGCUAGCCUGUAACGCACAACCAGCUGAAUGGCAAGCGUGACUGUCUUGCAUCUUCCGCAACUACACGACGAACUUACGUACGGACACGACAGUUUUUUUCUUGCAGAAAGCGGUGGGAACGUGGUUCCGAACUGCCGUGCUGAACGCGGAAGUGGGGCUGUUCCGGGCCUUCGUGGUGCCACAAAAGCAAGCGCAGAGAGAGUACCACGCCCUCCGCCACCGGGCAGGGGCGUACAGCACUCACCCGCACAUUUUCCACGACGCAGCGCAAGCGCCCCUCGACCGGCGUCUGCUCCUCGCGUGGUUGCUGGCGCGCCUGCGAGCGAAGAAAGUUGGAAGCGGAAAUGAAGAAAAAAAUGGGCAGGGGAACAAUCUGCUAUAUGUGGCAGAGAUCGGGGUUUUUAACGCACGCACGACGGAGUUUCUUCUGCGCCACUGCCAGCCGAUCCAUGUUUUCGCGGUGGACCCGUUCCUCGAAGGUAUGUCGACCCGCUAUGUGGAGAGCGAACCUGACAUGCGGGAACACCUGAAAACGAAAAGCGGCGAGGCCCGGACGCGAAACAUUCUGUCCGCCGUUCCGGGUGCGCAAGAGGUACAGCUCGCAGAGUUUGCGGCCGGAUUUCCAGAAGAAAAAAUGGACCACUACGAGCACGGGCACGGCGAACGACGAGAGCAAGAAGCGCAUUCCCCCUCCACCACGACCUCGCACAUUGCAACCAGCAGCAUCGCGCGCUUUACAAUUCUUCCGCACCCGAGCGUGGAAGCAGCGAGGCGGCUACGCUUGGCUGCGAGAGACCGCCGGGGCCGCAGUAGAAGAAGUAGAGGUGGAGAGACGAAUGCGAACUCUGCUCGGGACGAAGAACCCAGUGACCGCCCGCGCGGCGAUGCUUUUCUAGACUUGGUGUUCAUCGAUGGGGACCAUACCUAUGGAGUAUCAAAUGUAAAAAUGUCUGGGUCUGGAAAAGUGUAGACUUGUCAUGCAGAUGUUCCAUGACCCAUGACAUGAGGUCUGGAAUGCGGGACUUAGCAUGACAGACUCUGCGAGGUCUCUGCCAUGCCUAUCCUGCAUGAGAAACUCCCCUCCAACUUGGUCAAAAGUGUACAGCUUUUGGCACUCAUGCAACACAGAUUUUCGCAUGCUUCAGAUUGACCAUGACAAGUUGGAAUCUUCCAGACCCAGACACUUUUGCAAUUCAUAUGGAGGUGUGCAAGACGAUCUGGAGUCAUGGCCGCCCCUUGUGCAUGGGAUCGUUUCCGGACACGACUGCUGUCACGUGGGAAGUCCCGCUUACGAGGCCCUACUGGAUAGCAAAUUUUACCAGGACACGGUCCACCGCGCACGACCACACCCGGCUGACCAGGAGGGACAGGGAGGAAUAGACGGUACUAGGACCUGGGGGAACGACGCUUCUGCCUCUGCUCUACACCUCGCGCAUGAUGGUGCCUGGUGGUUGGAAUAGCUAUUUGCGCAGCCUCCAUAUUUUCAUCCUCGACUUCUACUUCAGGUCUCCUUUUAUCUGGUAGCAAAAAAUACAAUUACAAGCCAACGCACGACGAACAGAUUGGCACGCCGUAUGACGAGAAACUCGAAGUUUGGCGUAGUUGUUUGAACGCCCGCUAGCUAGGCUCAGAUGUUCAUCAAGUGCGAUUUGAGUAGCGGAAAUGUUGGGAAGAUUUGAUUUCUUGACAUAUUCAUUGUGAUUGUGAAUGCAGGAAGUAGGGAAUAUAUAAAAAAGAAAAAGCAACACGAUCAUGAUCAGGG